GACAAAUGCUGUUGCAGUCGUACAGUUUGGUAUUUAUUUGAGGAGAUUCAGGGGUGUGAUCGAAUUGAUCACAAACGGGGUUCACCGGGGCGGCAUCUCAAGGUCGUUGAAGGAUGAGUGUUGGCGAUCCGAGGCAGGCAGCUCGUUGCUAACAACAGUGGAGCACAACAGCGCAGCCAUGGAGCAGAAUGAUCAGGCGCACGCAAGAAAGCUGCUCCAACCGCUCCUAGACAGCCGUAAUGCAUCAAAAGCCGAGGGCAGCAAUCACAGCGGCAGUGCACCAUCCCCGCAGAAAGUCCCUGUCACGUUCAGGGCAGCCGCCUUUGCACUCAAUGCCCUGCAGCACCCAAUGCCAAAGGGUGGCGAAGGCGUGCAGAGGAUGGUGGAAGCUCGCGAGCUGGCAGGAGGCCGUAGCGCCAAAUACUGGGAGUUUGUGCUGUCAGUGUCGGGCCGCGCUCUGCCGAUCUUGCCAUUACUGAUCUACACGGUCUACUGCGCCGUUGUCACGGCAGUCAUUGUCCUGGUCGUGCCAAACUACCAGAAUCUCGCCGAGCUGAAGGCCCUGCAAUUCCCCAUCCAGACCCUGGGUCUUGCCCUAUUUCUGCUUCUGACCUUCAGGACGAACAGUUCCUACGACCGAUGGUGGGAGGGCCGUAAGCUGUGGGACGGCAUCAACAGCAAAUGCCUGGACAUGCAGAGGAUGGCACUGGGCUGGGUAGCCCCCAAAGACCGCGACAGCGCCAGCCAGCUCAUCCGCUACACCAUCGCCUUUACAGUAGCCGCCAAGAAAUACCUGCGCCAUGAAGCGGGUUACGAGGAGUUGAGAGGAAUAGUGUCGGACGCAGAAUUACAUGAGCUGUCGUCAUCGCACAACAUCCCCUUCCACAUCAUCCUGCGACUGACAGAGAUCACCAGCACCGCAUCCAAGGUGCUGCCACCUGCGCUGGCUAACGGCCUCGACGGAGUCAUCCGCGGCCUGUCGCAAGAUUUGAAUUCGUGCAUGCGCAUCUUCACCACCCCGAUGCCCUUCGCCUACAUCGUGCACCUCAGGUCAUUCAUGGUGCUCUGGUUUCUGGGGCUGCCCUUUGCGUUUGUGGUCUCGCUCAGCUGGUGGAAUUUGAUAGUGUGUGUUGUGGUCGGCUACGAGCUGCUGGGCUUUGAGGAAAUCGGCGUUGAGAUUGAGGCGCCCUUCGGAUACGACUACAACGACAUCCCUGUUGACAAGGCACGCCCCAUGCCAGACGCAUUGCCUUGCCAUAUCACGGGGGACCUCUUCCGGCAGCUUGCAAACUCACUGCACACCCUGGGCGCCACCGGGGCCCACCCGGGCCCCCCGGUCCCCCCGCCGCAGCCGCGCCCCUCCAACGCCGCUGCUGCCGCCGUCACCAACACUCUCGCCACUUCCACGCUCGCCGCCGCACCCCCCAACCCAGCUUCCUGA